CACUACCAGUCCAGUAGGCUAUUUAGGGAUGAGUGCAUUAUGAUCCUCCGCGGAUAUAUUGAACUGUUGGAAGACUGCUUAUGCUCUAACUUGUAUUUUAUUCAGAUUUAAAAUCUUAUUGUCGGUGAUGUAUACAUUUAAGAGCAUCACUUGAAAAUCGCGAGGCAAUUCAUGCAAUAUUUUCAGUUUUCUAGUGGUAGAGCAUGCGUGUGUCGAAUGAAAGGAGUUAAAUGAAUUAUUUGGACAGUUCCAUGGUGCUGAAAGUAUUGCUCCUAUUUCACUAAGCCGCAAUGGGUUCCCUAGUUUGGGAUAGUCGGCUUUCAUGUCUUCUUCUCCUGGCGUCUUUUCUUCUGCUGCUCAGCAAGGGGGAGAGGAUGUGCCCAGCAAGUUGUCGCUGUGAAGGGAAGAUUGUUUAUUGCGAGUCUGGCAUCUUUCAAGACAUCCCAGAAAACAUCUCUACUGGAUGCCAGGGUCUGUCCCUGCGCUACAACAGUCUACUGACUCUGCUGCCUUACCAAUUCGCUCAUCUCAACCAGCUCAUCUGGCUCUACCUGGACCACAAUUCCAUCACCGUCAUAGAUAGCUUAGCCUUUCAGGGCGUGCGUAGGCUCAAAGAACUGAUUCUCAGCUCCAACAAAAUUACACUUCUACAAAAUAAGACUUUCAAUGCUGUACCAAACCUACGCAAUCUUGAUUUGUCCUACAACCAGCUACAGUCUCUGCAGCCAGGUCAUUUCUAUGGUCUGCGUAAGCUCCAAAACCUUCACCUACGUUCCAAUGGUCUCAACAGGAUACCUGUACGCACUUUCCUGGAGUGUCGCAACCUGGAGUUCCUGGACCUGGGUUACAAUCACCUACGCACCCUUACCCGCACCACCUUCUUGGGGCUGUUCAGGUUGAAAGAGCUUCAUCUGGAGCAUAAUAAAUUUUCAAGGAUACAUUUUUUUCUUUUUCCACGCCUUACCAAUCUACAGGUCCUCUACUUGCAAUGGAACCGCAUACGAGCCAUCAAUCAGGGCCUGCCUUGGAUCUGGCAUACGCUGCAGAAAUUAGACCUCUCAGGAAAUGACAUCCAGAUCUUGGACCCAGCUGUUUUCCAGUGUAUGCCAAACUUACAGAUACUCAAUCUUGAAUCCAACAAGCUGAGCAACGUGUCUCAGGACACGGUUUCAGCCUGGGUCUCCAUCACCACCAUUAGCCUGGUGGGUAACGCCUGGGAUUGCAGCCCUACUAUCUGCCCCCUGGUGACCUGGCUGAAGAACUUCAGAGGCUCAAAGGACAUCAACAUGAUAUGCAGCAGCCCCAAGUCAGUUCAGGGAGACAGAGUAAUGGACAUAGUGAGGAACUACACAAUCUGUGUGGACAUAACCGUUGUAGACCAAACCACAGCAAUGAUCAUGAGGCAAACCACAGCCUCAGUUGUGGACACCAAAAAGCCCACCACACAUCUCUCUGCCACGACCACAAUAAACCAAGAUCUACCUGCAUCAACUGUACAAAGACUCACUCCACAACCUGUCUCUCCCAUUGUGACAGACAAAGACACAACAGAAUCCAUACUCAUGACCUCAAUCUCUCCAGAAUCGUCCUCAUUUUUCCCAGAGCCAGAGUUUGAGCAUAUGGCCUUCCAUAAAAUCAUUGCAGGCAGUGUAGCCCUAUUUCUGUCUGUGUCAUUGAUCCUGCUGGUAAUUUAUGUCUCGUGGAGGCGCUACCCCAAUAGCAUGAGGCAGCUGCAGCAGCACUCAGUCAACCACAAGCGCAGAAAAAAGGCCCGGAAGCAGGAGCUUAACCUUAACUCUCAGUUACAAGAGUAUUAUUUGACUUACCAUUCAAACUCUGAGACCAUGGAUGCAUUGGUAAAUGAGACAAGGGCCUGCACCUGCACGAUCUCAGGAUCCAGAGAAUGUGAGGUAUGAUCUGUCAAGUCCAUCCUAAAAACACGCUCUGCCUGGGGGUCAGAGGUAAAUGUGUUGCACUGUAAACCUCUGAGUGAACGGAGACUGAGUUAAACGUCCAUCCUCUGACUCUGUUUUUACUGUUGUUUUAAAUUAAAGUUAUCCAUCCUAAAAACGCAGUUUACAGCUGCUUGGGAGUCAGAGCUAAAUGUUUUCCACAGGGAUGCACUGUACAGCUCACCAUGUGCAUGGUGAAUGAUGAAACUUACAUCCUCUGUUUCACUCUUAUUGUUGUUUUAAAUUAACGUUAGCACAUUAAGAACAAAUUGAUUAGAUUCAUUAAUCCUGUUUGUGAAUAUAAACCUAAACCUAGUUUCUCUCAGCAGGAAAAUUAUCCUGCAGUAACAGGAAAUGUGAAUUAUUUUUGUGGAUUAUAAUUAAUGGAGAUUUUUGUAG